AUGAAUAACAUGAAUAACAAGAACUGGAACGACCGUGCCGACAAGGACCUCUUUUUUACCAUUCUGUCAAUCAAGAACAUUGGCGUCAUCAGUGGUGCGGAAUGGACACAUAUCGGCAACUACAUGCGUAGCAUUGGAUAUGGCUUCACAAACGAGGGAUGUCGACAACACUUUCAAGGCCUGCGCCGCGCUACAAACAAAAUUGAGCCCGCGCCUCCUCCAGCAGACGCGGCGCUCCGGCGCAUCGACCCAAGCCUAAACCCCAUCACCCGGCGCCCUGGCCCCGGACGUGGCCGGCCUCGAAAGUCCGCGGCCGCCGGCGAAGCGUCCGCAGGACCGGCCUCCGCAGCCGUCAGCAGUGUCACGCCACUUGACCCCAACAUGAACGCUUCGCCGACCCCGGCCCCGGCCCCGCCGCAAGCAAUGGACACGGAGGUGCACGACCCCAACCAGCAGAUUGCCAUGGAGGACGAGCAGACCCUCGUGGCGUCGGCUGCAGACGUUCCCUACCCGGGCGCCGCUCCUGUGCAACAGGGCGCCGCUGACGGGAGCGCGGACGAGCACCCGUCAAAGCGGCAAAGACUUGACGCCGAUGUCAUGGACCCCGAGUCGGCCCUGGACGAUGAGGCUGUGCUGGCACUGGCCGCGCACAACGGCACGACACCAGCUGAUUACGCAGAAUUUAGCUAUGGUGAUGCGUAG